CUUCUAAAAAGAGAAACAAUUUUGGGAAUAAAUUGGAUUCAUCCAUCUCAUUUCUUCUUCCACCUGCUUUUUUCUAUUACCUUCUUUCUUAUUUACCACCUUCCUUUAUUUUUUCUUCAAGCAAUCUCAUGUCGAAGACUAUCACAGAUCGAAUUCAGAGCUUCGACAAUGCUCUAAAGUAAACCAGACGGUAUCUAGACUAGACGUUUCUCAGAAUUUAAUUCUAUCGGUAGCCGUGGUUUCAAUUGCUGUGACAUUUCUCUGCGCGUUGGUACUCGCUGACGUGGUUUCCAACUCGAUGACGUGGUGGACGGUCAUACUCAUCAUUGCUGGUGCACUAGGCCAUCAUGGCAUCACCGUCAUUGGUCUUAUGUGGAUAAAAAAUCUGCUGCUAUAAGUUCCACCCUUGUGUUUCGAUGUUGAUGAGAGAGACUGAAGAGUUGAGACCACAAAGGUUUGGUCAACGCAAUGUUUUUUUUCCCUUUUUCAUCUGAAACGAGAUUGACCAAAAACGGAAUAUGGAAAACCUCUGGUUCAUCUUCUUGAUCCUCACAGCUACUUUGGUCUUCUUCAUCUCCAAGUUACUGUGGAGUCAACAAAACCCUAACUUACCUCCAAGCCCUAAGCCUCUUCCGAUCAUCGGCCAUCUUCACCUCAUCAAGAAGUAUCCUUUACCACAAGCUCUGCGUCACCUCACUUCAAACUACGGCCCGGUUGUGUUCCUCAGAUUCGGAUGCCGUGCCGUUUUGUCCCUCUCUUCUCCACAAUCCAUCGAAGAAUGCUUCACAAAUCACGACAUAACUCUCGCUAACCGUCCCCGAACCAUCACCUCUGAUCACUUCAGCUAUGCCUACAAAAACUUCGGAUUUGCUCCUUAUGGCGAUCUCUGGCGAACUCUCCGACGUCUCUCUACUCUCGAGGUCUUCUCCUCCGCCAGCUUACAGAAGACCUCUUUCAUCCGAUACCAAGAAGUGUCAAAUCUAUGUUCCCGCCUCUUUAGAUUAUCCAGUGAGUCUAGGAGAGUGGAUCUCAAGUAUCAGUUCAAUCUUCUCACUGCUAAUGUUAUGCUUAGAUUAGUAUCUGGGAAACGUGGGGUGGAAGAUAGUGAUCCGGAAUCAGAAAGGAGGUUCUUAGAUGAUUUCAAAUCGAGGUUUUUCUCGACCCUAUUGUCGAUGAGUGUCUGUGAUUAUUUCCCAGUGUUGAGGUGGUUUGGAUACAAAGGUAUUGAGAAGAGAGUGAUUGAGAUGCAGAGGAUGAGAGAUGAGUACCUCCAGCGACUCGUUGAUGAUAUUCGAAUGAAGAAGUUUGAUUCCACUGGUUCGGUUGUGGAGAAACUAUUGAAGCUCCAAGAAUCAGAACCUGAAUUCUACUCUGAUGAUGUUAUCAAAGGAAUUGUAGUGCUAAUGUUCAAUGCAGGAUCAGAUACUUCACCGGUGACAAUGGAAUGGGCAAUGUCGCUUUUACUGAACCAUCCAUAUCAGCUUCAGAAAGUUAGAGAAGAAAUCAAAUCUAAUGUUAAACACAAAGGGCUUAUACAAGACUCAGAUCUCUCGAGCUUACCUUAUCUUCGAUGUGUCAUCUAUGAGACGCUUAGGCUAUACCCUGCUGCUCCACUCUUGCCUCCUCACUGCUCAUCCAAGAAAUUCAAGUUAGGCAACUACGAGAUCCCUGAAAAUACAGUGUUGUUGGUGAAUGCUUGGGCUGUUCAUAGGGACAGUGAGCUUUGGGAAGAAGCGGAUGUUUUCAAGCCGGAGAGAUUUGAAGGGUUUGUUGGCGAUAGAGAUGGUUUUCGGUUUUUGCCAUUUGGAGUUGGGAGGCGGGCGUGUCCUGCAGCUGGACUUGCGAUGAGGUUAGUGUCGCUUGUUGUUGGAGCAUUGGUUCAGUGCUUUGAGUGGAAAAAGGUAGAAAAUGAAGAUAUAGACAUGAGGCCUGCCUUCAGUGUGGCAAUGUCUAGGGCUGAGCCGCUUGCUGCAUUGCCUAAGCCUUGGCCUGAAAUGGUUCCUAUCUUGUCUCAGCUCUAGCUCUAGUUGUCAAGAGAGUUGACUUUGAGGAUGCCUUUUACAUAUAAACAUUGAUAAUAAGGAGGGUGAAUGAUCAUGAAUCACAAAUGGUUACCUAAAUAGUGGAAUCAAGAUCUUACUUUUUUUUGUGUUUGCCUGUUUGGUUCUUUCUUACUUUUUUUGUGUUUGCCUGUUUGGUUCUUUCUUGGUGCUAAACCUGCAAGAAGCAAAGUAGACCUCUUAUAGACCAUGAAGGGGAUCGUCUCA